AUGCCGGAUGUGGAGAUGGAGUCGGUGGGGUCGGACAUUUACCAACGUAUCCAUGAGGGGGCGGAAUACGACCCGGAUGAUCUAUGGAUGCCCGAACCACGGCGCCCUCAUGUAGCCGCGACCGGUGCGACUACCGGAGGGGGAAGCAUCACGCAGAGGAUCAGAAUCUCAGCGAUUUCUGAGCUGAAAGAAUUCUCAGGGAAGGAUCGGGAAGAAGACAAAGCACGGACCUGGAUCGGCAAAGUGAAAUCAGCGUUUAUCCGGGACCAAGCACCGGACGAGGAGAGAUGUCUGGUCUUCGGUGAUCUCAUGGUGGGCCCAGCCCGCUACUGGAUACCGACAGCUGAGUAG